AUGCCGGAGUCCCUGGACGACUGGAGAGAGUUCUUCCGAAGGACGGAUGCCGACGUCUUCGAACUCAUCGACAGUGCCAUUGCGGUAGCCGCCCUUGAUCGCCCGGAUGAUUUUCAGUUGCGGAGAGUCCGCAUCAUGGAAAGUCUGUACUCGGGCGAGACGGGGCGGCACGCGGCGGGCAAUCAGGUCGGGUCGUGCGAUGCCCCGAGUAAGGAAAGCAAGGCGGGUGGCGACGGUAGGGGCGACGUGGAGCAAGACGUGGUGGACAUGGACAAGGAAAGCUGCUGCAGCUUUGGAGAGGCCGAGGCAUCCGCUGGUGAGGUGGACGAGCAGUCUCAAGUCGUCGGCGAAGUCCUGAGGAUCAAGCAGUCCGCUUUGGCGCUGUGCGAAUCACUGCGAAGACUCUGGUCGAUGGCUAUUACUCUGGAUAUCUUGGAGAGGACUAAGAUCGGGAUAAGUGUCAACAGUCUCCGUAGAAACUGCGGAUCGAAGCAGAUUGCUCAGCUUGCGGACAGCAUCACAGUGUAUGGUGUUCCUUAUCAUUCUCAUCCCGCGUGCAAGACCGAAUUAGCUUUCGAAAAAGACGACAUUUAUAUUGCUGUCACACGGAGAAAUGAAACAAAUCGCUCUCGCUGA